UCUUUGCCGCCUCGACUUGUCCUCCAAUCCAGUUUGCCAACGCAGUUACCAUCAGUGGGAAGCCUGGGAACUACACAUACAGCGGCCCCUUGUUGAUGAUCCUGGAAAUAAUAGCUGACCACAUUGGACGAUGCUUCAAGUACACCAGAGCGCCGCUGCCUUACGGCCAGUCCCAGCCCAACGGGUCCUGGACGGGCACCCUCGGCCUGGUGCAGAGAAACGAAUUUGACUUUCUCGCCUCGUUCAUCACGCUGUCGCCUGAGAGGAUGGCUGCCCUGGACCCCAGCACGUACAUCAUCCUGGACGAGAUGACCGCCGUGUAUGUCCGGCCAGGCGUCGAGCCCGACGUGGCAGGCUUCGUCAAGCCCUACACUGCCGGGGUGUGGCUGCUGGUGCUGUUCACCGGCCUCUUCGUGUUCGCGGCGGGCGUGAUCGUCCUGCGGUGCUCCGGCCGCCCCGCCCCACCAAGUUCCACCCGCGACGCACCACUGGCUGCCGAUGUUCCCCGGGACGCUGCGGCCGACGGUUCAGACGCCGCCGAGGCCGAGGCCGCGGGUUGGCUGGCCGCGGCUCGGCGGGCAUCGCUGUGGACCUGGUCAACCAUGCUGGCCCACAGUGUUCCUUGGGAGCCGUCUAGCGACAGGGCGCGGGUGGUGCUGGGCCUGUGGCUGCUGGCCGUCUUCACGCUGGGCUCCGUGUACUGCUCCAACCUGAAGGCCAUGCUCAUCCUCCCGAAGAUUAACCUGCCAUUCGACAGCCUGGAGCAGCUCGGCGACACGUCCAUUCGCACCCUUGUGUUUCAGGAUUCGCUGAUUCAUCGUCAGAUAGAAGACUCAGACAUUAACUCUAAUCUUGGCCGCCUCCGUGACCAACUCGUGGUCAUGCCUGUGGAACAAAGAGGACUGGCCUUCGCACACCUGAUGAGCGGAAGGGCUGCCGGCAUUUCCUUUUACCAGGGAAUUAUUUUUGGCCUUCACCAAGAUUAUUCGGUAAAUGGCAAGUGCAAUUUGUACAUCCUGUCCCGCGGCUUCCUGGGACCCACGGCCCUCACCCUGGCCUUCCCCAAGGGCUCACCGCAUAAGGCAAAGUUCGACCGCGUCAUCGUCGGCCUGCGAGAGUCGGGCAUUCUGGGUAAGCUGUUUUUUAACGGCGUGAGCAAUGCCUCCGAGUGCACCAAACCUGUGAGUUCGUCGCUGGCUAACGCUGAGCAGCGCCCACUCGAACUGGCGGACUUUUACGGCGUCCUGUCGCUCUACGCUGCUGGUAUGAUCAUGUCUUUUGGAGCGUUUGCGGCAGAGAUGAUGGUACGGCCGGGCAAGCGCCGCAGAUCUUAGCGACCCAGAUAUUAAUAGCCCGCCAGAGUGAACUUUGUCCUCAGGUUUAUUGUUGCAAAAGUACACAGCAAAGGAGGGAGGAACAUAUGCAGUGAUACGUCUAGGAAUGUGGAGUAUGGCUUCAAAUAAUGUUUCAGUAGGAUAUGCCAUUAAAGGCGACAUCUUUGGUGAUAUAUUCAGGACAUCGAAUGUAGUUUUCACGCAGUUGUGUAAUGAGGAAUAUUGACCAAGUACUUGAUCUUUUUCUUUCCCUUAAAGCUUAAAAUUACUUGAACACACCACUGAUCUCUAAUAUGAAUGAAAUCUAGAAGGAAAAAAAUAAAGGAAGAGGAGGAAGGAGACGGAAACCUAAAUAAAGAAAAGAAAGAAGGAAAAGAAAGAAAUUGAGGAGAGGAAAAAAAGGAAGAGAAAGAAGGUUAUAUGAGAUUGAUUGAUU